AGGGUUGCUCCGGAUAAGGUUUGAAAAAAUAUCCCUAGGCAUAGUAAACUCUCUCUGUAUCUCUCAUGGCUACUGCUCUGUCUAUUGCUCUUGAUGUUCAUUUUACAGGGAAUCUCUCGGACACAAAGAGACCCAUUAUCUUCAAAUCUCCGCUCAGACAACACCCAACCAGAAGAUUUACCAUUUUGUGUAGCUCUUCCAAGUCUCCCCAAGAAGCCUCUCCCAAUUUGAUAGAGCCAUACCAGAAAAAUCCAUCUUUAUCCGAGCAACUCAAGCCUUUAUCCACAACCACCCUCUCAAAUCCCACCAAGGACCAAACGCAGCUCAUGUCCAAGCCAAAGUCCACCUGGGUGAACCCCACCAAGCCGAAACGCUCCGUGCUCUCCCUUCAGAGGCAGAAACGCUCUUCUUACUCAUACAAUCCUCAGGUCAGAGAGCUCAGGCGCUUUGCUCAGAAGCUCAAUGACUGUGAUGAAGCUGCUUUCUUGGCUACUCUUGAGGAAAUUCCACACCCACCCACCAGAGAAAAUGCACUUCUAAUACUCAACUGCUUGAAGCCAUGGCAGAAAACGCGUUUGUUCCUCAAUUGGAUCAAGACCGAGAAUUUAUUUCCCCUGGAAACUAUAUUCUACAAUGUCACAAUGAAGUCUUUGAGGUUUGGAAGACAGUUUCAGCUCAUGGAGGACCUUGCCCAUGAGAUGAUUAGCAAUGAGAUUGAGCUUGACAAUAUCACAUACUCCACCAUCAUUACUUGUGCCAAAAAGUGCAAUGAUUUUGAUAAGGCUGUGGAGUGGUUUGAGAGGAUGUACAAGACUGGUUUGAUGCCUGAUGAGGUGACUUACUCUGCUAUCCUUGAUGUGUAUGCGAAAUUGGGUAGUGUUGAGGAAGCGUUAAAUCUGUAUGAGAGAGCGAGGGCUAGUGGGUGGAUACCUGACCACGCUACAUUCUCUAUAUUAGCGAGGAUGUUUGGUGCAUCUGGGGACUAUGAUGGUAUUAACUAUGUGUUGCAAGAGAUGAAGUCUGUUGGCGUGCAGCCUAAUUUGGUAGUGUACAAUACGUUGUUAGAAGCAAUGGGUAAGGUCGGGAAGCCAGGUUUGGCUAGAAGUUUAUUCAAUGAAAUGGUUGAAUCUGGGUUAACUCCUGAUGAGAAAACGUUGACCGCACUUGUUAAGAUUUAUGGCAAGGCGAGGUGGGCUCGAGAUGCCUUAGAAUUGUGGGAGCAAAUGAGAUCGAACAGGUGGCCGGUGGAUUUGAUUUUAUAUAAUACUCUAUUGAAUAUGUGUGCAGACCUUGCAUUGGAGGAAGAGUCAGAGAGGCUAUUUGAGGACAUGAAGAGUUUAGAGUAUUGUAGUCCGGAUAGUUGGAGCUACACGGCAAUGCUUAACAUAUAUGGGAGUGGAGGAAAGGUUGACAAAGCGGUUAAAUUAUUUGAAGAAAUGUCCGAGUUGGGUGUUGAACUCAAUGUGAUGGGCUGCACAUGUUUGAUUCAGUGCUUAGGGAAGACCAAGAGAAUUGAUGACUUGGUUAGAGUGUUUGCUGCAUCUGUUGAAAGAGGGGUUAAGCCAGAUGAUAGGCUUUGUGGAUGCUUGCUUUCUGUUGUGUCUUUAUGUGAGGAAAAUGGAGACGUUGAUAAAAUUCUUACUUGUUUGAACCAAGCUAACCCAAAGUUGUUUUCCGUUGUGAAGUUGGUCAUAGAAGAGAAAACUAGCUUUGAAACCUUGAGGGAUGAGUUCAAGAGCAUUCUCGGUGAAACGGCAGUUGAAGCCCGAAGACCCUUCUGUAAUUGCUUGAUUGAUAUAUGCCGAAGCAAAAAGCUUCACGAGAGAGCUCAUGAGUUGCUCUACUUGGGAACCCUGUAUGGGUUGUACCCAAGUUUACACAGUAAGACUGUAGAUGAGUGGUGCAUGGAUGUUAGGUCCCUAUCUGUUGGUGCAGCUCAAACCGCACUAGAAGAGUGGAUGGGAACUCUAUCCAAAAUUGUUCAGCGCAAGGAGGCUUUACCGGAGUUAUUUUCAGCUCAAACUGGCACAGGAACGCACAAAUUCUCUCAAGGACUGGCCAAUUCCUUCGCUUCUCAUGCCAAGAAACUUGAUGCACCGUUUAGGCAGAGUGAAGAGAAACUUGGUUUUUUUGUGGCAACUCGGGAAGAUAUAAUGUCAUGGGUGCAGUCACGGCUUGAAAGCCCUGCUGUUGCAGCAUAAAUGAUUAUGAACCAACAGUAAUUACGGUGGCGAUAGCUUUCAUCAUUGCUUUAAUAUGAUGAUACCUGUAAUUUGGAUAUGUUAUAUUAGCUUUAGUCAUCCAUCUAAAAAAUAUCAAUUACACAUAGCUUUCACCAUAUUGCAGACCUUCAUCUGCUUUCUAGUUUUGAAAUUCAGGAAUAUCUUAUCUUGAUAUCAAACCAGAUUGUACGCUUUGAUUUCCUUCAAUUCCUCUGAAAUGCAAUAAUCAAUCAUUGUUUUCCUUCAA